GGGGGACAGCAGGGGUGAGCCCCCUGUGCCCCACAGGGCCUGAGGGCAUUGUUCUGAGGGCCUGGGGGCUCCGUCCACCCAGCUCUGCCCCCUUGUUUCUGUUCCCAGCCUCCUUGUCCCCAUGGCCCCCCACCUCCUCAGCAGUCCCUGCUGUGCCCCUGCGGACAGGGGUGACACCUGGAGGGGCAUUGAGGGGAAACCCACAUCUCUGGGGGCCUGGGUGGUGGCCGUGCUGGGGACAUGCAGUGGGCAAGGGUGGGCACGGGUGGGCAUGGACACAGUUGUCACAGAUGUGCCACACGCAGGUUUCUCACACAGGUGUCUCACACAUACCACAGACACACACACACACAUUUAUCACACACAGAAUCCCAGAACAGUGUGGGUGGGAAGGGCCCUCUGGUGAUGAUCCAGCUCAGCUCCUGCCCAGGCAGGGUCGCCUGGAGCAGUUGACAUUUGUCCAGGUGGGUUAGGAUGUCUCCAUGGAGGGACACCCCUCACCCUGCUGGGCAGCUCUCCCAGGACUUGGCCUUUCCAUGGUGGAGGGAAGCUGUGCCUUGUGCUGAGCUGGGACUGUUGGAGCUCAGGGCCUGACUUGUCCUGUCGCUGGGCAGGACGGGGCUGGGUCUGGCACCAUCCUCAUAACCUGGGGAGGUCUGGGGUUGGUGGGAUCCCCCCUCAGAUAUUUGUAUGAAUUGGGGCAAUCCCCUCAGCUGAGGGAUUAGUGUGGACAUGUGAGCAGCAGUCCAAAGCUCCACGUGGACCCAGGAGCCCUGGCAGCCUGUCAGGGACACAGGGGGCAUUGCCAGGAGUAGGGGCACAUUGAAAUGGCUCCAGGCCGUGCAGGUGACUCAGAGUGUGGUGACUGGGCCAGGCAAAUGGGACGUGGAGCAGCAGGACGUGGCGUGGCAGCUCAAGCAGCAGGAUUUGUAGGAGGGCACAGCCACCCCCCUGACUCUUGAGGUGUGCUCUCCUCAGGUGGGGAUUGUUUUUUUCACUUGUCCAACUUGAUUAGACCCAGCAGUAGUUCACACACUGACAAAAGCCAUAGCUAGCAGGAGUGGGGAGAAGCAGAUAGAGCUCCCCAAGAAACAGUGGGCUGCAGGGAGUGUCUGAGCCUACUGUUGCUGCUGGAGGACAGUGGAAACAGCACUGCAUGCGGUGUGAACAGGUGGGGGAUCUUACAGGGGAGGUGGGGAGGCUGAGGAUUAUCAAGGAGUGCCAAGGAGAAACAGACUGGGGGAGUUGCACCCUUCCAUCCAGGAGAGAAAUGCAGUGCAUGAAAGCUCAGCAAGAGUCAGAGCAGCCCUGGCCCUCUUGCCAUCAGGCAAGAGGAGACCUAAAAGCUGGGGAAUGGAAACAGGUCCCUGCUUAGGGAGGUAGCAGAAUCCCCUCCUGGCUUCCCUCGCCUUCCCAGGUGCCCUUACAGAACUGAUACGAGGUCCUGGAUUUUGAGAGUCAGAUAAUUGAGUGGAGAAGAAAGCCUGCUUGGUGAGUGUCCCAGAUCAGUGCAGUCAGUCAGACAGAUCACAGCUACAGUUAUUAAAGAAAAAAGAAAGAAGGGUAUUUGUGUGUGAUUCACUUCUGAACGGGGCUGAGGACCUGUAUGCCAAGCAGACCCAUCCCACAAUCUGCUGCCGCCCUGAGGCCCACGCAAGGGACAUUGCUGAGAGACUCCCUGCUCUAAUUCAGCCCACCAGUUGCUGCCCACUGCUCAUUGUCCUGAUGAGAAAAGUACCAGGGUAACAAAAAAGGACUUCAAGGCACUGGCUUUCCUGGUUGAAGGGACAAGAGCACAAGGUACAAGAGGUGGUGGUCUUGAUUCCUUUGGUAGUAGGGAUGAAUGCCAAAAUGAGCAGGAAAACCCAUGGGAUCAAAAAGUAGCUUAAAGACUGGUGCCAUUGGUGGGAUUUUGGAUUUUUUGAACAUGAGGUGGUGUGUAUAGCACCAGGCUGGAGGUAGAUGUGUUCACCUCUAGAAGAGGCAAAAGGGUUCCAACCUGUGAAUUGGCAAGGCUGAUUGAGAGGGCUUUAAAGUAGGUUUGAAGGGAGAGGGGGAUGAGAGCACACUCCCUAGAAAUGAAGCUGGGGGCAGCAGGCCAGUGCUGGGGAGACACUGAUGGCACAGCUAAAGUGCAUCUGCACCAAUGCAGCAGUGUGGGCAACACAGGAGGAGCUGGAGGCCAUGGUGCAGCAGCAAAGCUCUGAUGUAGUUGCUGUCAUGGAACUGUGAUGAGAUGACUCCAUGACUGGAAUGUUGCAGUGGAUGGCUCCAAGCCCUUCAGAAGGAGCAGGUGAGGCAGGAGAUGUGGUGUGAUGACUCUGUACAUUAGGGUUGGGUUUUGGCUGUCUGGAGCUCGGUGGCAGUGAUGAAAAGGUUGACUGGUCAUGGGUGAGAAUCAAGGGGAAGGCUGGCAAGGCAGAUAUCUGGUGGGGGGUCUGUUCUAGACCUCACAACCAGCAUGAAGAGGUAAGUGCUGGCUGAUGUUUUGUGGUUGCCAGCUCUUGUUUUUGUGGAGGUCUUUAACCUGCUGGAUGUCUCAUGGAAGCAGCACAGUGGAGAGGAGACAGACUGAGAGGCUCCUGGAAUGUGUGGAAGAGAACUUCUGACUCAGUUAGCUGAGCAGCCCACCAAGGGUGGGGCCCUGCUGGACCUGCUGUUUGCAGACUGAGAGGUGCUGCUGGAAGAUGUGGUGGUUGGAGCCAUCUUGGGCACAGUGACCAUGAAAUGAAGGAGUUUUCAGUCCUCGGUGAAGUAACAAGAGGGACCUGCGGGCUCCGGCCCAUGGCCUCUGACCACAGCUCUGCUGCUCUCGACUACGACGCUGCCGCUUCUGCUGCUGGCAAUUCCCGUGUGGGUGGCAGCAGUGUCCAGCCAGGGGCCUGGCCCGGCAUCGUCAGCAUCCAGGCCACCUGGGAGAACGGCACGUGGCACAUGUGCUCAGGUGUCCUCCUCAGCUCCCAGUGGGUGCUCACGGUCGCACACUGCUUCGCCAGGGCCGGGGGCGUCUCCACAUGGAAUGUGGUGAUGGGGGCCACAGAUCUGAGCCAGCCGGGCCCCAAGGCUGCAGUGAGACGCAUCCAGAGGCUCCUGGUGCACCAGCACUACGUGCCUGCCACGGCCAGGAACGACAUUGCCCUGGUGGAGCUGGACCAGCCCGUGGAGUGCAGCGACUACAUCCAGCUGGGCUGCGUGCCCGACACCUCGCUCAGGGUCUCGGAGCUGAAAUCCUGCUACAUCGCCGGCUGGAACUUUGCCAGAGCCCCCACAGUCCCUGAGCCAUCUCUCCUGGCACAGGGGGACAGCGGGGGUCCCCUCGUCUGCAAGGACAAUGAUGCUGACUACUACUGGCUGGUGGGAUUGAACAGCUGGGGAAGAGGCUGUGACAGAGCCAGGCACCCCGGGAUCUACACCUCCACCCAGCACUUCUACAACUGGAUCCUGCUCCAGACGGGCCUGAGCCCAGCAGAAAGAGCUGGUCCAGCACCAGAGCCAGUUGUCACCUCGGCCCCCGAGGAGGAGCCUGAGGAAGCAGAGGAACCAGAGGAACCAGAGGAACACAUCAACUUGACCCCUGAGUACAGCCAGAGACCAGCAGUGACAUCCUCGGGCACGUCACUGCCCAUGGCAUUCCCACACCAGUUUCUGGUGCAAUUCUGGAAUCUGCUGCAGGAGUUCCUGCAGUUUCAGAAGGACAAAAAAGCCUGAGCAGCAGCAGGAUGAGCAGGCUCCAGGGCUACCGUGGAUCACGGCAGUUCCUGCUGGGCCAAAGGUAGCCUUGGGGCCAGAGGCUUCUCUGUCCUGCCCAUGCUGCUGCGCUGCAGCCACAGUGAUGCUGACGUGACUGAGGUGUUGAAGUAAAGUUUCUGUGUUCACCAUUAACUGUGUUUUCAGCCCUGCUCAGUGCACUGGCAGGCCAACAGAGUCCCUGCUCUGUCCAUCUGCUGUGUUGUUCACCUUCAUUCUUCAGCCUGGAGAGGGCUCCAGGGAAACCUCAGUGCCCCUUGCCGUGCCUGAAGCAGGUUAUAAUAGUGGGGGAGAGCGGCUUUUUGCAUGGGCAGGCCAUGACAGGACAAGGAAGAAUGGAUUAAAUCUAGAGGAGGGGAGAUUGGGAUGGUGGUGGGAAGGAGUUUUUACUCCGGGGGUGAUGAGGCCCUGGCACAGGGUGCCUAGAGAAGAUGUGACUGCCCCUGGAUCCCUGGAGGUGUCUAAGGCCCGGUUGGACAGGACUUGGAGCAACCUGGGAUAGUGGAAGGUGUCCCUAUCCAUGGAAGGGGGUGGCCUUUAAGGUCCCUUUCAAACCAAACCAUUCCAUGAUUCCGUGACUGUUUUAGAGUGUGUGUGUAUCCAGCUCUCUGGAAUGCAGCAUUUGUGCACAGACACGCACACAUACAAGAGCCAUGGCCACAUCCAACAAGCUGGGACAGAACCAGCCCCUGGGUGUGAGCCCACCUGUGUCAGCUGUACAGACCUGGAAGGAGAAACCUCCUGUGCUCAGCAGCCCCUGGGAUCUGGCUGCUCUGGGGCAGAAUGGGGACAG